UCGGCUCAGUCUUCCUAUUUUUGGUUUGACAUUUUCGCUUCAUGUCAAACCCGGUCUCAGUCGUUCCAGUGCUGGGCGCCGUGCAGAACUACGCCUGGGGUCGCCUGGGCAGCGCAUCGAACGUCGCGCAGCUCGCCUUUGCCAACGCCCAGAGCAGCCCAGCAGAUCGCUUUGCCAUCGACGAGAACGCGCCCUAUGCAGAGCUCUGGAUGGGAACGCAUCCAAAGGCCCCGCUGCGAUUCAAGUCCGAAGCCGGCAAUGUUGUUGGCCCAGCAAGGCCAAUUACGGACGAUGCCCGAUUUGCAACGCUGCCGUUCCUGUUCAAGGUGCUCUCCAUCAAGAAGGCGCUCUCGAUUCAAGCGCAUCCAACCAAGGACCUUGCCAGAGUCCUGCAUGCGCGCGAUCCGCAAAACUACCCGGAUGACAACCACAAGCCGGAACUGGCGAUCGCGCUCACCGACUUUGUUGCGCUUUGCGGCUUCAGGCCGUUGGAGAGGAUUCGUGAUGCCAUUUGCAGCGUGCCUGAACUGGCCUCCCUUGUCGGAGGCAAAGACAGCGCCCAAGCCCUCCUGGACGGUCCCGUCGAUGCUCGUCGUUUGGCGCUCAAGCGUGUGUUCUCGUGUCUGAUGAAAGCGGAUCGCGACUCUGUCUCCAAGCAGCUGCAGUUACUGGUAGAUCGGCUCCAGUCACAGCCGAAUCUGAACGAAGACGAAGACUCAAAGCUCAUCCUGCACGUUGUGCAAGAUUUCCCUGGCGAUGUCGGUUGCUUUGUCAUUUACUUUUUGAAUGUCGUUCAUCUCAAGCCCGGGGAAGGCAUGUUUCUUGCCGCGAAUGAACCGCAUGCCUACAUCAAAGGCGAUUGCAUCGAGUGCAUGUCAAGCAGCGACAAUGUCGUUCGUGCCGGUCUCACCCCAAAGUUCAUGGAUGUUGACGUUCUGCUGGAAAUGCUCACGUACGAGUCUCGGCUUCCAGCUGAACAACUCUUGCAUCCCAAAAAGCAGCCGUCCCUCGGCUUUGUGGCCACGUUUCAACCGCCAGUGCAAGAAUUUGCAGUCACCCGCGCAGUGGCCGAAACAACAGGCGCGCAGCUGGAACUCGCUGCUCAGCCUGGCCCGAGCCUGUUGAUUGUCACCUCGGGCGCCGCGGUUGUUAAGAGCAGCGGCGAUCAGUCCGUUGCGUACGGUAGCGUGCUGUACAUUCAACCCGGCACGCCUCUGGCAAUGACCUCAACCUCGGGUCGGUUUGAAGCGUAUCAAGCCUUUUCCCAGGCAUGAGGUUGGGACUUUUUGUUUGUCUGCUUGUUUGUAUUGUUUUUGCGGCGAUGCUCGUCUGAGGAACGCAAAGCGUCCGCAAAUUGCGAAAAGGCAUGAUGUGUAAAUAAAGUCAAUUUCAAGAGCUG